AUGGAAGGUUCCCCCUUUGAUGAUAGUUCAGUGAACAUUGAGCUCAUUCAUCCAAUCCGGCUCGAUGAUAUAGCUUCUGGGACGCUGCAGUUAUCCCAGAAUUCAUCCAAUCGGACAACUCAAUUGGCCAGUCUUUCCGCCUCUGCACACGCCCCUUACCUCAGCACAUACGACCCUUCUCUUGUUUCUAUGCAGUUAGCGUGUAGCGACAGUAGCAGUGAUGACCUUAUCGAUAUGGCGGCCUUUGCCACCCCUACAGUACAUGCCAGCCGCAUAGGAUCUGCGCCCGUUGUUUCCUAUCAUCGCGCUACUACAAGCACAUCAUUAACAACAUCACUUGCUAAGCCUCUGGGCUCUGGUACUGGACUAAACCAUACUCGAAGCAGUACUUCACCAGUCAGUGCUGGGUGUAGCAGGGCCGCACGUACAGAUAAGCCACACUUAGAUCCACCCACUAACACCCCAUCCACUAGCGGUAGAGCUUACAAGGGUACUUCUCCCAUAGAGAACACUGCCGUUAACCAGAUCCCUCUUACACAGCUAUCACGACGGUCAGCUUUUAGUUCUAAGGCACAUAAUGCAAUAUACACUAUGACUAAAGUGCCACAAGUUGUUUGCUUUACCUCUGCAAGUCCUGCGUGGCGGCAACAGAAAAGAUCUUCCUUGUCAGCAAGCCCCAAUCAAGUGCAGCGCCGUCAAUCCUCACUAGCUCGGCCUUCCAUUUCCUCGCCUCCAGCGUCAGUUCGUCAAAGACAUAAUUCGCCCAGUUUGUAUCCGCUGUCAUGCACAAACAAGCUACUCAAUGAAGGAAGCAAUCUCCUCUCGUUUAAACGCAAUGCAACAGGUAUAGAUAAAAAUACCCCGUCUCCCACAACUCCCACGAUGCAUCUACGACCUAGUCUUCGGUCAAACAGCCCGACCAGACCCACCACUGUAUCCUCACCUACUCCCUCUAUGCUCCCAAGCAAUCCAAAUAGUAACAAACGAGGUGCUAAUUCCACAACUCGAAAACCGCAACUGUCACCUAAGAAAGUCUCCAGUACACGGCCAACGUCGCACCUGAUCGUUCGGCCUUCCCCACUGUUGAAGCUAGGAGGCCCUAUUAGCAGCCCUUACACCUCAGUGCCCAUAGAGUUCCCUCUGCAGAUACGAAACAUAGGAUACACAAAUCAUGGAUCAUCAGCAAGAAGCACAAGUAUACCCAAUACACCCAGAAGUGCAGACAUAACCAUUCACAAAGACAAGCGAUUUAGACCAGUAUCACCAGAUGGUAACACAUUUAUUACAAUUUUCAGUCCGGCAAUAAACAAUCCCAGCAAUCCAGCAACAUUUCAUCUCAACGAAACAACAGUGGUUACAAAGACUAGCGUAGGAUGGAUUAAGCUGAAUACUGACUGUAAAUGCAGAAAAAGUAACAGUGUAAGCUCUCCUCGAGGAUGUUCUGCAGCAAAUAGAUGUGGGUAA